UGUCAUGGACUGCGAGUAAUUGCACCCCAUGCAACAGCACCGAGUGAGGUGCGGUUUUGAUUCAGAUAUGUACGUUUUCAAGUGUUAUUGCACUGACAGAGUUCAUUCUGCCAAAUGUGGAGCGGAUGAUCCAGGGACUACAUGUUAGCUUUACCGAAACUUCAUAAUUGCAAUGGCUGGAUGAAAACAACUUCAUAAUUGAUGAUCCGGGUUAGUCACUCUUCUCUCUUUUGAUGAACGUGCCUCCCAAAGAUUGGCCAUUGCAUAAAGCGAAUUAAAUAUGUUUGGGCGAAUCCUUCACAUAACAACUAUAAGUUUUCCUAAUUUGUAUUUGACUGUCUAAUAGUUCUGUUUCAAAGUUUUUCUUCUUAACAAGUCUAACAACGAAAAAAAAAGAAAACCUUGAUGUAACCUCUCAAAAAGCGAAAAACCAAUUACUUGGAAUCUUACAGUUAGAUUGGCUUACUCUAAAUAAAUAACUAAGUUACGUCUUUAAGAAUUAAGUAUUUAUGACAAUUAUCAUGGUCAUGAGAGCACCAUUUUGUUGAAGGAAUAUAUAAAUGUUUGUAAUGACAUGUUUGGAAACGAGGAGAAAAAUAAAUAAAUAAAUAAAAACUAAGUAGAAACUUAAAUAUGUUUGGAGAAAAGGAAAAUAAAAUUUAUAAACUGAUAUAAAAGUAAGUGAAAAAUAAAAUAAAAUAAAAUAAAAAAUACUUAUUAGGUUCAUUUACUCAUCAACACUUUUUUUUUCCUUACCGAUCAGACAACUAACCUGUUGUAUUUAACACCAGGAGUUCCGAAAAGAUGUUUAUGUUUAUAGCUCAAUUGGUUAUGCAAGUUUGUGAUUAUUAAUAGUAUGUUUACUUGAAGGUGGUCAACUUGUUGAAGUUGCCUAUUGGAGGGUACCAUUUCUAAUAAAGAAAUAUCCUUUGUUUUUAAAUAAAAAAGUUACUUCUGUAUGUAUCUAUAAAAUAGUUGAGUUAUAAAAUAAUUUGAAUAUUCCAAACAGCUCUUUGGGUUUUAUAUUUCUUUUCAAUUCCACCAUUGAUGCAUCAUCAAUUAUUUAGGAUGGGUCUGCUAUUGGCUAUUUUUCAUUGCAUAUUUUAGCUCUGGGUUAUAUUAUUGAGAAAUAUGAAGAUAUUAAUAGAAUAUUUCAAGAUUAUAUACUUCAUCAAUUUUUAUUUUAUUUUUUUUAUAUUUUAGAAACUCACUAAAACAGAAUUAAGACUAUUAAACUCUUAUUUUGUAGUUUAAAAAAGUUAAAUUUUGUACUAACGAAGAAAAUAACCGUACAAAUAAAAAUGCUUGUACAAACACAACUUUUAAACCAAUUUUUUUUUACAUAGAUUCGAAUAAAAUUUGUUUUUUUUUUUUGCUGCGAAAAAACCAAUUUGAUCGAUCAUAUAACUUUUUAUUUAUACAAUAUAUUAUUCAUUUGUUCAAAGAAGCCAAUAAGCUUUAAGUUUCUCUCUGUUCAUAAUUAUUUAUCCUAUCCUCUGCCUGUGGAGAUAAUUAAUUCAAUUGAAAGUCAAGAGGGAGAGAACAUACAACUCCUUUUUCUCUCUGUUCAUAGUUAUGUUUUCAGUCUUCAAUCAUCUCCAUCCACAGCUACAGAGAAAACCUUCAAAGAUGAUAAACCCAAACACCCAGUUUUUUAUCCUCAAACCCUUCUGUUUUCCCAUCAUCAUCUUCUUCCUCCUUGCCCAAAUCACUUCUUCUCAAGUCGACCCUAAAUUCGUUGCAUGUGCACCCAAAACCUGCCCCAACAACAACCAAUCUAUAAGCUUUCCUUUUUACAUUCGAGGAACGCAAGAACCUUACUGUGGGAGCCCUGGUUUUGAAAUCUCCUGUUCUCCAGAUGGCUUCCCUAUCCUCAAUCUCUCUCACACUCAAUACCUAGUUCAUCAUAUCUUCUACCAAAGUCAGUCCCUUCGUGUGUCCAACGCCGCGUUCUCAACUUUGCAAUCCAACACCACCAGAGGUUGUCUUGUUCCAACUCAGAAUCUCACUCUUCCUCCUACUAACGUGUUCCGUGUUGGUCCGAAUCAAAGGGACAUGGUGUUGUUCUACGGCUGUGACGCACCUUCGCUUCACGAACACAGAGUUGGGUGUUCUGCAGAAAACGAGACGAGUUAUGUUUUGGCAUUGGAUAAAAGAGAUGAAAAUAUAAGCGUUGUGGGAGAGAACUGUAAGGGUGAGGUGGUGGAUACGGUUGUGGAAGAUGGAAUAGGAGGGGUUGCUGAAGCGUUGAGCAAAGGGUUUUUGCUGUCGUGGACUGCAAGUAACUGCAGCGUCUGCAACAGCACCGGAGGGAGGUGCGGUUUCGAUUCAGAUAUGUACGCUUUCAGGUGUUAUUGCACUGACAGAGUUCAUUCUGCCAAAUGUGGAGCGGAUGAUCCAGGGAUAACCAAUAAGAACAGCGCUACAAUGGUGAAAAUAGCUUUGGCAGUGGGGGUUGUUGGAGUUGUAGUGGUGGUGGUCUUGGCUUGUUGGUUUAGGACAAAGAUCUUUCCCUCGUCUCUUUUGUUUCGGAGGGAUAACCCAACCCAUCAUGUUAUUCAGAAGAUUUUGAAGGAACACGGACCUCUUCCUAUAACUAGGCACAAUUAUUCAGAGAUUAAGAAAAUGACCAACUCUUUUAAAAACAAGUUGGGGCAAGGAGGCUUCGGUACCGUAUAUAAAGGGAAGUUACAUGAUGGACGUGUUGUUGCAGUAAAGAUUUUAGCUGAAUCGAAAGGCAACGGAGAAGAUUUUAUCAAUGAAGUCGCAAGUAUUAGUACAACUUCACAUGUUAACGUUGUCAGACUCCUAGGAUUUUGUUUUGAUGGUUCUAAACGUGCUCUGAUAUAUGAGUUUAUGACUAAUGGAUCUCUUGACAAGUUCAUAUAUCAAGACAAAAAUCCAUUACAGGUUACUCAUCAAUUGGAUUGCCAGAUAAUGUAUAACAUUGCAAUUGGCAUUGCUCGUGGAUUGGAGUAUUUACACAGAGGUUGCAACACUAGAAUCUUGCAUUUUGACAUAAAACCUCACAACAUAUUACUGGAUGAGAAUUUUAGCCCCAAAAUCUCAGAUUUUGGACUUGCAAAAAUAUGUCCAACAAGAGAAAGUGCGGUAUCAAUUACUGGUGCAAGGGGAACUGCAGGUUAUAUUGCUCCAGAAGUUUUCUGCAGAAACUUUGGCGCCGUGUCACAUAAAUCGGAUGUUUACAGUUAUGGAAUGAUGAUCUUGGAAAUGGUUGGAGGAAGAAAGAAUAUAAAGGUUGAAGUCGAUCGUUCAAGUGAAUUGUAUUUUCCUCAUUGGAUUUACGAUCGUCUUGAAUCAAAUCAAGAGCUUGAUCUACAAAUUGUAAGGAAUGAAGGUGAUGACAAAAUGAUGAGGAAAAUGGCAGUGGUAGGUUUGUGGUGCAUACAAACCCACCCUUCAAGUCGACCAACAAUAAGUAGCGUGGUAGAAAUGUUAGAGAAAAAAGUUGAAUUAUUGGAACUUCCGCCUAAACCGUUUUUGUCUUCUCCUUCACCAUCUCCGCUUCAUUUGUCACAGGACACACUAUAGCUUUGUCAGAAACAAUUAUUUUUUACUUUUAAUUUGUUAGAACAAAUAUAUUUAUUUCUUAUAUGUCUUUUAAUCAUGUUAGUGUCUUAUUUAGUCA